UUGCAAUUCAAACGAUGGUGUCUCCGACCUCCGCUACGGAAAGAUGGGAUCAGCUACAGGGGGAAGCGGCUCAGAAGACGAGGGCGCGACGAAUACGUCCGGACAUUCGGAAAGCGACAAUUGCAAGAAAAAACACAGGAGGAACAGAACGACGUUUACGACGUAUCAGCUACACGAGUUGGAGAGGGCGUUCGAGAAAAGUCACUAUCCUGAUGUGUAUAGUCGGGAGGAAUUGGCCAUGAAGGUCAAUCUUCCAGAAGUUAGAGUACAGGUAGGAUUCAAUAUUUUCUGUAAUUAAUUGUGUAAUCAUUUUUCCGAAAUCAAGGUUAUAUUAUUAAUACAAAUACAUAUUCUUGUUUAGAAAUAUAUUUAUCUAAAUUUAUUUGACUGGCAAUUAGUAAUUACAAUAUUUUAUUAUGGUAGGGGAGCCCAAGCGGGGAUUUUUGCAGUUACUCGAGCGCGUCAGAUUAUCAUAUGGGGAGAAACGUGGUACCCUGCAGAUGUACCUCUGCCAUAUAUUGGCUCUUAA